UCAUCAACUUGUAAAGAUGUUGAAUAUCUUGUCGUAUGUCGGCAUGAACUUGCAAGCGGAAGUGUGCUUGUGGACUUUGAUGGGGCUCGUGCGAACAAUCUUCGACGCAACACUGUUCAAAGUGAAUUCUAAUCUAAUACAGGUAUGGCAAAUGAAGAUGCCGCCGCAGCUUUCGAUGUCAGUGCAGCGCGUGCUGCGGACCAUGGUGUCCGGUGUGAUGCUGGUGCAGUGUUUCACUCUCUAUGUCUACCUCGCGGUCUAUAUAGUGCUGAUGUAUCCUGUUUUUUUGGAAGAACGUCCGACGUUGGUCCUGCCGUGGCUGUUGCUGGCUGCGGUAAGGAAGCUGUUGUGCGAGUUGACGAGCCUGGCACUCGGGCUGGGGACGUGCGUGCUGCUGGGUCCCGGCCGCCCUGCUUGCGUUAGGUUUCUUAUUACCAAGAUCAUGUCCAUCGCUCCCGCUUUUUAUAUGUGGAUACUUGUUUUGAGUUACUACCACGCACUAAAGAUGACGGUGGCAUUCAAAACAUUCCCAGCAGUCGUGCCCUCUGUCGACAGAGACCUGGGUCUAGAGCUAGCUGUACGGAGACGACGCACAAAGUCAUUGUUUGGCGAAGACCAAUUGCGCCGGAAAAUAAUAGCUGGCCUAUAUGAAGAAACACCACAAAUAAUCAAACCUCACUCUCCAACACGUCUUACGUUUGAAGAAAUGCCUCAAGCUACUGCUCCUCGUAAAAGUAUUGAAACUAUAGCAGAGCCAUCGUACGUAUGCAAUACAAUGCUACCUUUAUCACUGUCAUCUAAUAGGACAGUCUCAGAUCUUGCCACCUAUGAAGACUAUUUGGGUAGUGAAUUAAUGAUUCCAAGAGACACGGAUCGUAUAUUAGAACAAUUCAUUACAAUGUCUUUGCGAAUUGCUUAUUAUUUAAAAAAUGACGGCACAACUUCAUCGAAAUAUCUUGAUAGUUUUCCUGCGAUGUUAGAAAAUAAUACACCUCCGCUUCAUAGUACUGCCGAACUGACUGAACCGUCUCAUUUAGUGGGAAGCAGCAAAGGAAAAGUGGCGUCAUAUUUAACAAAUUAUCCCCAAAUAUUUAUGAAGAAGACUUCCGAUAUUAUACAACACUCGAAACCUGAAUUAAACGAAUUGAUGGAUAAAAUUGAAAACAAAGCAGUCGGUAGUAGAGACGUGAUGUCUUUUGAUUCUGUACAAAGUAGUAAUUUUAUGGAAAUAAGUAAGAGAGAAAAUAAAGAUCAAUACGAAUUGGGUUACGUAUCUUCGGCAGGAACGAAAGUUUUGAAGGAUAAUGCAAAUAGUUCUUAUAAUGAAGCUGAAAUACAAACUAGCAAAUCAGAUAUCAGUAUUACUAUGAAAGUUGAACCGGAAGAAAGUUUUGAAUAUGUUGUUGCGGAAAAGGAAAAACAAUUAUCGCAAAAUUCUAUUUCAAAGGAAGAAAACAAUUCUAAUGUUGGAAACAAAAGAGUUGAUCGAAAUCCAAGUCAAUCGAGUCGUCAGAAUCAAUAAAUAUAUUUUUAAAGCAAAGAAAAACAUUUCCAAAGCAAAAUGGUUUUAUGAAAAGGUUAUAUUAUGUUACAUGUUUUAAUAGCUAUAU